GCAACAUCUACAUUUAAUAAAGAUAGCCAUCUUGCGUUAAAAAAUAUAUACACAAGCAUUCCUAGAAGAACGCUUUUCGUAAUUCAGGGCUGAAUAUCAACGGAAAAUUAGAAGUCAAUUUUACAGCACAUAUAGGGUUCCCAUGUACAGUUUGUACCACAGAACUACGGUCAGGGAGUAUUUUUCUGACUUUGUACUAUUAAACUCUCCUGAUCCAGCAGUAGUACUGCUAUCACUGCCGACUGAAUUAUGUAGCGUUUCAUGAACCAUGUCUGUUUCAACAGACGUCACAUCCUUCCGGACAGACCGGCGUCCGCAGUCUGCUCUGGUCCAAGUUACUGAAUUUUCUACUACAACAACUAACCCAAAACUCCAACAUCGGUAUGGAAUAGACGAUGUCUGUGACAGUUGUUUGAAUGAGGAGACUCUGAAGACAAUCUGUAAAACUGAUAAACUGGCUCAAGUAACCUCUCUUGAGAUAAAGAUCGAUGCGAGGAAAAUGACCUGUACAGAUUUUGGAGCGCUUUUACCAAAUCUUAGACAACUUAAGUUAUCCAACAGCCUCAUACCAUCUCUGAAAUUGUUUGGCAGUGGUCUACAGGAUCUAGAAGUGCUCUGGAUGCCUCGCUGCUCACUAACUUGUCUAGAUGGACUCACAAACCUAAAAAACAUUUGCGAAUUAUAUUUGGCCUUCAACGAAAUCAGUGACUUAAGCCCUUGCGCUGGUCUUGAGUCCAUUGAAGUUCUGGAUCUCGAGGGAAACUUACUGAGCGAAAUUAAAAACAUAACUUUAUUGAAAACAUGCAACAGGUUAAGAAGUUUAAGUUUAGAAGGAAACCCUGUGGUUACCAAGUUGGGAGGGAUCAAGAAGUAUAGACGGUUUGUUCGCAAGGAACUCCGUCAGUUGUCAAUGCUCGAUGAUUACCCUGUUGAAAAUUUAAAUCCAAACCGUUUGGUUGAUUUCGACGUUACAAAUUUGGAUGAUGACUGGAGCUAUAUAAAUACGUUACUGCGCGAAAUUGGUCUCAGUGCAAACCAGUCUCGCAUUGGAUCGUGCAAAAAGGGUAAACAUGAGAACAACAAAUUGAUGAAAUAUUGCCAGAGAGGUUCUGCUGGUCCUGUGUGUUCUGUCCGCGGCCCUCGUCCAGUAUGUGCUCUGAAUCGCUUCAGAACUGGAAACAAUUAUGCAGGUCUACUGUCGGACAGCAACUGCCAUUUGGAAGCCAGCGUGCUACGCAAAACAUCAAGUACCCCUAGUGGCGCGGAAAGUGAAGAUUCGUCGGAAUCCGAGGGAUUCGUAGCUCGUCCCACCACCGGAAGAGUAGCAUGUGAUAGCAUCGACCUCGCGUUACGCAAGCGAUUCGACGAGGCGAGGGUAGUAAAACCGAGCUCACCUGCACCAGGGCAAGAGGAUUCAGCUGCACAUGAUCAGGAAACUAUUGUGAAUCCAAAUGAAACACUAUUCAUAGAGAAAACAAAAAACACUCAAAUUGUGACAGAAAAGUCUCCAAGGGCAGAUGACUCAGAAUUUAAAGAAUCCCCACAAUUAAAGCAAGUAGCUGGGGCUAUUGAUGCAACCAGCCUAUUGGAUGAAGAAGACGCGCUGCAAGUGGAAUGCGCAGCGGUUCUGGAAGAGCUGGCAUCUUGGAGGAGGAAUAAUGUAAAGGAAUCGAACGGAGGGAUUGAAUCAGUAUCGAAGAAGCCAGUAAAUGUCUCAUGA